AUGAAAGCAAUGGAUAUGCAGGAGCAAAUCGUCGAGGAAAUUGCCAGAGCGCUGAAUGUCUCCACAGAAGAGGUGGACCUUUCCUUGACCUUUGCCCAUCUCGGAGGACAUUCGUUAGCCGCCCUCAAGCUUGCAGGUGCUUGCAAGCAGAGAGGAAUCGGAAUCUCCGUGGGCGAGAUAUUGCAGUGCAGUUCUAUCACUGAUUUGAUAUCGUGCGCGAGGCCUAUCUCUGCCUCGAGCCACAUCGGCAAAACUGUGGAUGCAAUUACUACCGUGAACCCCACCGAGGACUUCCUGUGUCCUUCAAAGGAGCAGACUACCUCCAAUACUCUAUGCUUCCCUUUCCCCCGUUGUCAGACCCCCGGGUCUACCACCGCUCCCGAUUCUUCGGAUGCCCAGAAGGUCUCUAUCCCAGAGAUGCAGCUAUCGUUGAUUAGAGGGAGCUUAACGCGGCCAGGCCACAAUAUCCUGGCGUACAGUCGCAGGUGCCCCGCUGGCCAGUUGCCUGCAAUGAAAGCGGCCUGGCAACAUGUCCUCGAGUGGGAGGAGAUCUUCCGAACGGAGUUUCAAAUUGAAGACGGCCAGGAGUAUCUUAUCGGCUCCGGCUUUACCCCGAGUCAAUGGACCGAAGUCACGGUGAGAGACCAGGCGGCCCUGGAGGUCGAGUUAAUGCAGCCUCCCAGCUUCACCGGGGUCGGCUGGAAGUUUAGAACCAUCACCAUCGCGGAGGAUGAUACGGCCCAUCUUUUGUGGCACGUCCACCACGCUCUGAUCGACGGAUACUCGAUGAAGAUCCUCCUUGACAAGGUGUCGCAUGUAAUGGCCGGGCUCUCCAUCUUACCAGGACCCUCGUUCGUGACCGUCGCCAGGAUGCGAGAGAUUCAGAUCGAGCAGCGCCGGGCAGAAGCCAUAGCCUACUGGCAAUCACAGAGAGAAAGCCUGGAAAGAGCUACAGGUGAGAUCGCGCUGCCGUGCUUGGCCACCAGCGUGAAGCAGUCGAGUUUCUGGAAUGGUCUGGCCACAUAUCCAGUGGACGUUACACCCUUCGAGCUGGAACAGUACGCCCAGUGCCACGGCGUUACCGUUGCUUCCAUCUACUAUGCGUCUUGGGCGUUGGUCCUGUCCAGGCUGUGUGACUCGGACUGCGUUCUAUUUGGGGCCGUCAUGUCCGGCAGGUCGUUACCCGUGGCUGGCAUCCUGGAGGUGGUCGGUAGUCUGGUGAAUACAUUACCAAUCGUCGUCACCGUGGAGGACAGCAUUCACACUACUGCAUUCGUGAAGAAAGUCUUCGAGCAGCUCGCGGAGCUGGCUGCGUACGACUGGACGGUACCCGAGCAUGGUUAUCACCGCCGCUUUUCGUCCCCUGGCGAUGCACGGCUACCUCUCCCCAGUUCACGGAUGAAUAGUGAAAUCCCCCUGAGCUUGCUCAUAGAGACAGACGGGAAAAUCUGCGUCCAGUUCUCGGAGCAGCGGUAUCACAAGCAACAGAUCGACUUCGUGGGGCUCCAGUUCUCCCGAAUGGUCGCCCGCCUGCUACGGUCCCCCAACACCGUGGGCAUGUGUGUGGAGGAAAUGGUCUCCCUACAGGACCGACAAAUGCUGUUCCAGCUGGGCAACUGCCUGUCGGGAUUGACGACGGAAACCUCGGUUGACGAGGAUCUUGUAACUCUCAUAAAAAAGGCGGCGUCGAAAGAUCCGCUCGCGUGCGCGGUGCAAAAGCUAGACCAGACCAUGUCUUACGAAGAGCUCGACCGCUGGAGUGACUGCGUUGCGGGGCAUCUGGCCACCGUUGUUCAGAAGGGAGACAUUGUCUGCGUUCAUGCAGAGCCGUCCAUCUACUGGAUUGUGGCGGUCUAUGCCGUUCUCAAGGCCGGCGGCGUUUAUUGUCCUCUCAACGCAAAGUUCGACCCUGAGCUUCGGUCGAGUAUGUUCGAGCUAUCAGCAGCCGCAGUGUACCUGACACCUUCAACCGCUGAGAAGAAGUGUCGGCCCAGCACAAGUCACCACUGCUGGGCAGUUGAGGACCUCCUGCAACAACACCCAGAAGCUCAAGGAGGACCGGAACAGGGCCAUGAAGCUGAUCCCGCAGCGAACGCAUAUCUCUGCUUUACAUCCGGGUCCACCGGCAAGCCCAAGGGUGUCUUGUGCACGCACCGAGGGUUGGUUGCCUUUCAGCGGGACCGGGAAGUCCGCCUGUUCGCAGAGCCGGGGCGCAAGAUCGCACAGAUCAUGUCCCUCUCGUUCGAUGGCAGCAUUCAUGAGCUGUUUUCUGCUCUGAGCUAUGGAGCGACCCUGGUUCUGCCGCAUCCACACGAGCCAUUCUCCCAUCUUCUGGAGGUAGACUCGUGCAUUCUCACCCCGUCUUUGGCCGCGACUAUGGACCCGAAGGACUAUCCGAACCUGGUGACCGUCUAUCUUGUCGGUGAGCAAGUAACGCAGGAAGUGAACGACCGAUGGGGUUCGUGCACAACGCUCUACAACAUGUAUGGUCCAACGGAGGCCACCUGUGGUGCCUCUAUCAAGCGAUUACUUCCGGGGCGAUGUGUCACCAUUGGGCGUCCGAACCCCUCCACGCGCAUCUAUAUCCUGGAUCAGCAUCGGCGCUUGGUCCCCCGCGGAAUGACCGGUCAGAUAUAUCUUGGCGGAGUGCAGGUCUCCAACGGCUAUCUGAACCAGCCUGGUCUGACCAACGAUCGCUUCCAUGCGGACUCGGUGUGUCGGGGAUUGCGGGAACGCAUGUACGCCACGGGGGAUAUUGGGUACUGGAACAAUGAGGGCGAACUCGUCUGCCUGGGUCGGAAUGAUCGCCAGAUCAAACUCCGAGGGUUCCGCCUGGACCUGGAGGACAUCGAGGCUCGCAUCUCCAGUAUUCAGGGUGUCAAUGCGGCUGCUGUCACUCGUCACGAGGACGACCUGAUCGCCCUCGUCCAACCUAGCAGCAUCUCGGCGGCAUGGUGCAAGGAACGAAUGGCUAGCGUGCUCCCAGCUCAUGCCAUUCCACGGUAUAUCAUCCCCGUAGACCGGUUCCCCAUGACGAUGGCAGGCAAGCUGGACUACAAGGAGCUCCCUAACUGGCUUGAACGGACUCGUACUGCCCCGGUGGCUACACAUAUGAGCCCUACCGAGCGGCGUAUUGCCAAAAGCUGGUGUGAUCUACUGGGGCAAGUAAAGACCGAAGAAAUCGCCCCGGACUCCAGCUUCGUGGCGAUGGGUGGCCAUUCCCUUCUGCAGCUGCGACUGGCAAGCCGUCUUUCUGCCGAGUUUGGACGCACGGUUCCUCUCGCUGUAAUUGUCAACGCACUGUCUCUUCGGGAUAUGGCCCGCCAUGUGGAUAAACUUGUCACCCGUGGGUGUCACCUAACCACACAUCCCGUGAGCCAGAUGGGCCCGAAUGAUGUUUCUCGGAUGGAGGCCGAAUGGCUGGCCAAGUACGGCUCCAACAACAACAGCGGUGGCACGACCAAUGUCACGACGUUCAACGUCUCGUUUGCCUGCAGCCUGCCCCCGUCGAUUGAUAUGGAUCGCCUGUGCGCCAGUUGGAAUACGGUCAUGGCUCACCACCGUAUUCUCCGGUCUAGAUAUCUAGUCAGUGACAGGGCAUGCCCAGUGCGGGUCUACUCGCAUCAGCCACCAGCAGCUCAGCUCGUGGAUAACCUUGAUGGCCGCGCAGAAAUCAACCGUCCGUUCCACGUGGAUCGGGAGGAUCUCAUUCGAGUGCUCAUAUCCCCGACGUUGAUGGUGGUCGUCGUAAGCCAUCUCAUUUGUGACCUCACGACGAUGCGAUUGCUAUUGAAGCAGGUGGAGGAUGAAUAUCACGGGAAUGUCCUGCAGCCAGCCAGCAUCCCAUAUGAAACCGCCGAUGCCUGGCAGCGACAAGCCUCGGAGGAGGACCUCGCUUUCUGGACGACAUACCUCAAGGAUGUACCCCGCCCGGAAUCACAGCGCAGCAGCUACAGUGGCCGAUCGCGGGUGAGUAUCAUCUCCAAAGAGACAGCCGAUGCCGUGACGCAGUUCGUCCAGUCGUCCCCUUUUACCCACCACCAGCUUGCCCUGGCAGCCGUUGCCGUAGCUCUACAGGCGGGGAAUGACCGGGUGGACGUCCUUCUUGGGGGCCCCUUUGCCAACCGCUGGUCUGAAAAUGACAUGAAAACCGUCGGUCUAUUCCUGGAACCCCUGCCCAUCCGGAUCCGGUUUGCUGCGGACCACUCGUCCGAUGCUCAGGCCUUUCUGCGCUGUGUGUUGUGCUCCAGCCAGGCGGCCCUUGCCCAUGCCGUUCCGUGGCAGGAUCUUCUCUGCCACCUGGGGGUGACACCGGAAUAUCCUAACCAUCCUCUGUUUGAGACAAUGGUCACGUUCCACGAGCGACAGGAUGCGCUGACGUUCUCCCUGGACAACGCAAAUACGCUGCUCAGCUGGUCUAAUGGCGCCAAAUUUGGUCUCAUGUGUGAACUUACAGCUCUACCCGACGGGCACAUCCUCCUACGGCUGGAAUACGAUGACAGUAUCUGGGAUGAAGUCGAGAUAGGUCGGGUUGAAAGGUCCAUCGCUCGUUCAUUGGAGCUGUUGGCCCAGAACUCGUCGUACGCCGAUAUGAUCAACACGUUGCGCGGCGCGACAGAACAGCCCCUACAACCGUCAGAGGAACUAGGCUUGAAUCUGGCCGGCUACACUCUUUAG